AGAACAGACACACCUCCCUUCAUGAGCACUGAUCAGUAAACAGAACAGAGGAAGCAGCUCGGUCUUUUCACGACACGUCUUCAUCAAAACAAGAUGAAAAAACUAUUUUUGUUGCUUCUCUUCUGUCAAGUUUCAUCAUCAGUGAAACACUCUCUGAAAUAUUUCGCAACUGGAUCUUAUGGAGUCACAAACUUGCCAGAGUUUGUAGGAACUGUAAUGAUUGAUGAAAUUCUGAUAGGUUACUGUGACAGCAACACAGAGAAGAUAGAACUAAAACAGGACUGGGUGAAAAUUUUUUUUGAAGACAAUCCUCAGCACUUUGAAUGGCACACUAUACAGUGUCUUCAAAGUGAGCCAAACAUCUUCAAAUACUUGAUAAAUACUUUGAAGCAGCGCUUCAACCAAAGUGGAGGUGUCCACAUUUUACAGAGGGUGACUGGUUGUGAGUGGGAUGAUGAGACUGGAGAGGUUCAUGGUUUUAAUCAAUAUGGUUAUGAUGGAGAAGACUUCCUAUCAUUGGACCUGAAGACAUUGACAUGGAUCGCUCCUAAACCACAGGCUGUCACUAUCAAACAAAGAUGGGAUGCUGACAAAGCUAGAAUAGAAUUCAAUGUGAUUUACCUCACACAGGUUUAUCCUGAGUGGCUGAAGAAAUAUUUGGACUAUGGCAGCAGCUCUCUGCUGAGAACAGAGCUUCCCUCAGUGUCUCUCCUCCAGAAGACUCCCUCCUCUCCAGUCACCUGCCAUGCUACAGGUUUCUACCCUGACAGAGCCAUGAUGUUCUGGAGGAAAGAUGGAGAGGAGUUUCAUGAGGACGUGGAGCACGGAGAGAUCCUCCCCAACCAUGAUGGAACCUUCCAGAUGAGCGUCGACCUGAACCUUUCAUCAGUCACACCUGAAGACUGGAGGAGGUACGACUGUGUGUUUCAUCUCUCUGGUGUAGAGGACGACAUCGUCACCAGACUGGACAAAGCAGAGAUCAGGACCAACUGGGAGGAGCCGAGUCACAUGACCGUCCCCAUCACUGCUGCAGUGCUUGUUCUUGCUGUCGUCCUCAUCGCUGUCACUGGAUUCAUCAUUUACAAGAAGAAGAAAGGUGAGUGUAACUGCUAAGUCCAGGGGCGAUUCUAGGGUCAGAGCUUUUGGGGUGCUGAGCACCCAAUGAGCCCCACUGCCACCACCCACCCUUUUUUCACACUAAAACAAAAAAAUAUGUCUAUUGAAAAAUAACUUUAUCAUGAAGGGAUCCUGGCUAUAAACUAAUUCAAUAAUUAAAAAGAGGGGUAUGGAGAACCAAGACAAAACUGGACUUCGUUUUGGUUCCUGUUCAAGGUUGUUUGUGCUGAUGCACUGCAGCCAUGGUUGUGGCAGAAGUGUGGGAAUAUUCAUUUUGGAGAUGGCAAGACAUUACAGCACACAGGAGGCUCUGGAGGUCAAGUGCCAGUGAUGGGAAGAAAACAACAAGACAAAGAUCAUUAUGGGCUGUCCCUAGUCUCUCACCUGAAUCAGUCUUUUUUUCUUUUAAAGAACUGUUGUAUGUCCAUUGGUACCCCUUAGCGACAAGUCUGCACUUGUCCACCUUUCCACUUUUCUGUCACCAUGAUGCUUGACUUUGAACACCCAUCCUGAUCCUAUGGCCUGUUGAUCUCUUGGCAAAUCCACAAAGUCCCAAGUCUCAUUUUCCAGCAGCGACUCAUAUUCCAAGUCAGCCUCUUCCUGCCAUUCUUUUGCUUCAGGGCUCAUCAUUGCUUUUUUUAGUUUGCUUGGUUCUGUGACAUGACAAACAACCAAGCGGUAGCCUUUGGCAUUGUUUGCAUAGCAGUGUAGCACAGAACAUACACCCAUUGUUAGAAUUGCAUUAUUACAACAGAACCAGACAGACAGUGAUGGUGGUUGGAUUACUGAGCGGGUCAUGACGUUCACAUGAAGUCACUUAUAAAGUCAGUGGGGUCAGUCAGUGUAGUUCAUCCUGAGCAGAUACGAUGUAAAUAUAAGGCUGGCUCAUAGUGCAGAUGCUGUUUGUUUGGUGAAUGAAGGAUUUAAAGGCAGCUUGAAUAUUGAACAUGAAUUCACAUGAUUUCAUAGGAAUGCUCAUCCAACUUUUGUCACAUGUUACUGUGUAUUAAUGAACAUAAAUGAAUCCAAAUCAAAUGUAUUGUUCUUUCUUUUUGUGCUGAUGUUU